CAAGGGCCCCUCGAGUCUGAUGCACUGAAGCUGCCUUUGUUUGACUGGGGAUCUUGGAGGGAGAGAGAGAGAGAGCGAGAGUGAGAGCAAGAGAGGAGGAGGAGAGUGAGAGGCUUUUAGUUUGGAGUAACUGAGAGAGAGGCAGAGUGGGCUCCAUCUCUGUCUCUCAUACCAGGGCUAUCACAUAUGAACAGGACAACUUCAGUUUGGAUCUAAGCUUACCAUCAUUGAAGAUGACUUCACGCAUUCCUCCCUGGGUCUUUGGAUUAUUUCUACUAGUUCUCUGGUUCUGCUGCCGUCGCUCCUCUGCCUAUCAGCUGCUGGAUGACCGUGGUUCUCAGGGAGCCUUGGACCUGACGGAGUUGAUCGGCGUCCCCCUUCCUCCCUCCGUCUCCUUUGUCACGGGUUUUGAGGGUUACCCUGCCUACAGCUUCGGCCCGGACGCCAACGUGGGCCGCCUCACAAAGUCAUUCAUCCCCGACCCAUUCUACUAUGACUUUGCCGUCACGGUCACAGCUAAACCUACCACACGGCGCGGUGGUGUGCUGUUUGCCAUUACAGAUGCUUACCAAAAGAUUGUACACUUGGGUAUAGCAUUGUCCGAGGUAGAGGAUGGUUCCCAGAGAGUCAUACUGUACUACACCGACCCAGGAACAAGAGGUGGGACCCAGGAAGCAGCUUCCUUCAAAAUGGGAGACCUGACAGGAAGAUGGGCGAGGUUUACCCUGACCGUGCAAGGGACAGAGGUGCGCCUCUACAUGGACUGUGAGGAAUACCACCGAGUUGCCUUCACCAGGAGCCCUCAGCCUCUGACCUUCGAGGCCAGCUCGGGGAUCUUUGUAGGGAACGCUGGGGGUACAGGCCUGGCGAGGUUUGUGGGCUCCAUCCAGCAGCUGGUUCUGAAGUCAGAUCCCACGGCCCCAGAUGACCAGUGUGAGGAGGACGAUCCUUAUGCCUCUGGAUACGGAAGUGGUGAUGAUGCUUAUGAAGACAUUGAAGGAAGAGAUGAAGUGAAGAAGAUUGUAGAGGAGAGAGAGUAUACCAUGCCCCUCCCAGAGUUGGACCCCACUUACAGCACCCCAGUCCGAGCUCCACCCACUGAGAUGUCGCAUGGCGAUGAUGAUGAUGAUGAUGAUGACAUAGAGGAGACAUCUGGACAGGAAGUGGAGAUGACCACAGAAAGAGUAAGAUCAUUUCAGACGAUUACUCCAGCCUCCGUACUUGGCACUUCCCUCCAGCUGUCUCCAGGACAGAAAGGGGAGCCAGGUGAGCCAGGUCCUUCCGGUCCCCCAGGACCACCUGGCCCUCCAGGAAGUGCCUCAGGGGAGGGUGGAGAGCCAGGACCCCGGGGUCCACAAGGACCGCAGGGACAUCCAGGCCCACCUGGAGUUCCUGGGAAAGAUGGACAGCCUGGAAACAAAGGUGAAACUGGUGACCCAGGAGCAACUGGGAUUCCAGGAUUCCCAGGACUGCAGGGAGAGCCUGGCCCUCGGGGCGAAAAGGGUGAUCGUGGUCUUGGACUACCAGGUCCUCCAGGCCCUCCAGGACCUCCAGGUCGACUUAGCAAGUCAUCCAUGUUCCUGGAGGGGUCAGGAUUUGAAGACUUUGACAGUGAUGCAGAGAUUAUUAGGGGGCCUCCAGGGCCUCCUGGCCUCCCGGGACAGCCAGGGCCCCCAGGAACCCCAUCUGAAGACGUCUUUCCAGGACCACCUGGGGCCCGUGGGAAAGAUGGGAAGGAUGGAGAGAAAGGAGAACCCGGACUCCCUGGAGUCGAUGGAAGAGAUGGGGAUCCAGGGCCUGCUGGGGCGAAAGGAGACCAGGGAGAGCCUGGUGUAAAUGGGCAACCAGGACCAAAGGGAGAUCAGGGUCCUCCAGGGUUUCCAGGCCUACCAGGCUCAGAGGGUCCAGAAGGGCAGCCUGGUCCCAUUGGUCCACCUGGCCCUCCUGGGCCUCCAGGUCCCCCUGCAAGAGGCUUCACGUUCGACUUUGAGGACUUGGAAGGAUCUGGGUUGCAGAGUGGUUUUGGAGUUGCACCCUCCAGAGGCCCACAGGGUCCUCAAGGAAUCCCUGGACUUGAAGGACCCAAGGGUAAAGAUGGUUUAGAUGGCUCCCCAGGAAAGCCAGGUCAAAAGGGGGAACAGGGUGCUACAGGACCACCAGGCUUUCCAGGAGUUGAAGGAAUAAAAGGGGCAGAGGGACCAAAAGGGAUUAAAGGUGAUCCAGGACAAAAGGGAGAGGCAGGACGAGACGGGAACAGUCUACCCGGCCCUCCAGGACCACCCGGACCACCAGGACCUUUUAUCAACUUACAGGAUCUAAUGCUUAACGAUACAGAUGGUGCCUACAACUUCUCAGGGAUUUUUGAAGCUCAGGGACCCGCUGGACCACAGGGUCCAAAGGGUGACAUUGGGUUGCCAGGAGUUAGAGGACCUCCAGGACUGAAAGGUGAAAGGGGUGAGCCAGGGUUUGCCAUUGCAGCAGAUGGAGCCAUGAUAUCAGGCCUGGCUGGUCCCAAAGGAGACAAGGGAGAAAAUGGUGUAGCCGGACCAGCUGGAAUUCAAGGGCCUAUUGGACCAUCAGGACCCAAAGGAGAAUUUGGUUUUCCUGGAAGACCUGGUCGUCCAGGCCAGAUGGGACCAAAAGGAGAGAGAGGGGACUCCAUAGGUCUGCCGGGACCUCCUGGCCCUCCUGGUCUGCCAGGCCGCCCAGGAAUAUUCAACUGCCCCAAAGGAACGGUGUUCCCUAUCCCUCCCAGGCCCCACUGCAAAAUGGUCCUCAAUCCCAAUGGAACCAUUGCAGCUGGUAACUGUCAGACAGGACUAAAAGGAGAAAAGGGGGAGAGUGGCCUCCCUGGGAUACCGGCGCCGCCAAGCACAUUUCUUCCCAGGGGUGGCUGGGGGGCAAGAGGUGAGCAGGGCUUUAAAGGAGAGAAGGGAGACAAAGGGGAGCAAGGGUUGCCAGGGCGACCAGGUAUCCCUGGGAGACCAGGACUUGUGGGACCCAAAGGAGAGUCGGUGCUUGGUCCACCAGGCCAACCUGGGGUGCCCGGUUCACCAGGUAUCCCAGGCUAUGGCAGACCAGGCCCAGUCGGCCCUCCUGGGCCACCGGGGCCUCCAGGACCCCCUACCUCAAGAUAUGGCUCAGCUUUGACCAUUGCUGGCCCCCCCGGACCUCCUGGACCAGCUGGACCCCCGGGACCUUCGGGCAACGCAGCAUCUCUGAAAACGUUUUCAACCCGGGAGAGUAUGAUGCAGCAAACCCUCAGGGAUGCAGAGGGGACAAUGGCGUACGUCACAACAACAGGAAGUCUCUUCCUCAAGGUUUCCCAGGGAUGGAAAGAGAUCCAGCUUGGCAAUCUGAUCUACCUCUCCAAUAACAUUAUUCCACAAGAUGAGCCUCAAGUUGCAUAUCAGAUAAGAGGAGACACAAUGGAAAGAAUACGUUCAGUUAAUGGAAGGCUCAACCUGGUGGCCCUGAACCAGCCCCACUCAGGCGACAUGAUGGGGCUCGACACGGCUGACCGCAUGUGUUACGAACAAGCCAAGGCGAUGGGUUUGGCUCCAAACUACCGCGCCUUCAUAUCUUCCCACAGGCAAGACCUGGUCCAUGUGGUCUUUCCUGGUUUCCGGGAAAAUCUGCCAGUUACCAACCUCAGGGGAGACGUGAUGUUUAGGAACUGGCGGUCAAUUUUCAAUGGCGACGGGGGGCCAGUCAGAGCCAGGAUACCCAUCUACUCCUUUGACGGCCGGGAUGUUUUAGCUGACCCCUUCUGGCCCCAGAAGAGCAUCUGGCACGGCUCCACCAGCAGGGGUCUCCGAGUGGUGGACAAACACUGUGAGACGUGGCGAGCGGACCACAUGUCUGUCACGGGCCAGUCAUCGAGCCUGACCUCAGGUCUGCUCCUGGGACAGCAGACACGGAGCUGUUCCAACCAGUACAUCAUUCUUUGCAUUGAGACUCACAAAAAUGCUUAAAUGCGCCCCAUACCACUCCACCAAGGAACCCAUCCCAGCCACCGUAAUGUCAAACACUCGGGGAAAAGAUUUGAGUGUCUUCCUUAGAAAAGGACGUCGUUUUCAGCACAUCUUUGGUGCUACGUGUAGCAUUUUGAAGACCACAUUUAACGCCCUUUUGUUCACAAAGAGGAUGUUAUUUAUUUAGUAUAUAAGUUGUUUGUGACAAGCCAGAAGAUUGUUAAGAGGCAGUAACAAACAGAUGAGAUAUAAAAUGGGAACGUAAGCUAACAUGAAGUUGAUGCUAUGCUGUGAAACUGGAAUGAUUUUGUGGAUGGCUCACAACCAAAAUUUGUGCCUUUUUUUUUAUUUAAAUUUUUUAAAGAAAUGUCCCUUUUGUGUUGUAAAGCAAUCCAGAAGAUUGUCACUUACGUUAAACCUGGUGGCACAUAAUUUAAAACGCAAUACAGAGCCUGACAGUCUCCUUGUACUUAUUCACAACAGUAAUGCUAACACUUUCAAAGAGAAUGUGGUAAUGAUUUAUUAAUGUUAAAAUGAUACACGCAGCACCUUUUUAACCUUUGGGUUAGGGUUAGGGGUUAGGGUUAGACUAAAGUGGAUGGACACAUCUGUUCCCCACAUGGUCACCCAGGUGUGUUGAGAAUGAGACAUCUCUUUUUCAAGUUUAUUGUCUGUUUGUUGUUCAACAGACUGGAAGUAAAGACUGAUGGGCUGAUUUUUUAUUUUUUAUUUUUUUUACAAAUGAUAGAUUUCCAAAGAUUUUUGUGAUGGGAGCAUUAAGCGCUACUUUCACUGUUUUGUUUACAGGUUGUCGUGGAGAGUUUUAAGUUUUAAAAUUUUCAGUAGAACUUUCAAUGGGCAAGACGUUUGUUUCAAUAUCUUACACAGUCCCUCGUCCAACAGUGGGAUGACCAGACAGCCGGUGUUGCCACCAAAGUAAUUUUUAAUGCACUGUACUUUAUUUUAAAAAUAUUUUCUAGUUCAGCAUUUUCAUCCUUGAAGGUAUUGUUUGUGUUGUAGCUUUUCAUAAAUCACUUCUUAGCAGCUCUAACUCUCAAUAGGCUAUUUAAUUUAAACUCAAUGAUUUAUUUAUACCGUCACAGCACAUAACAUGAAAUCAGAUGAUUAAAUUUAAGAAUGUAAUUUAUCGUUUAUUGUUUGUCAAAUAACUGUUUCUUCUCACUUUAUGCCUCUUUUUAUAUUGUUUGUACAGUUUUGUUUUUUUAUUAUUGAUUUCUGGGGAAUGUUGACAGUCAAAACUAAAUUUCUUCGAAGUGUAGAGAUGCAAUUGAAACAAGCUAAAUAUUUUCAUGCAAGAAAAAAAAAGAAUUUUAGAAAAAGAAAUUCCAAGGGAAAAAAUGAGAGCACAUGUUUUUGUAUAAAUAUUGGUGCUUUGAUGAAUAAAUCUUUCUCUUUUCAUAAA